AUGUUGGAUAAUAACGUUCAACAUCGAUUUGAGGGCGGCAAUCGACCCCCCGGUGACGGGGGAAAAGAUUCCCGACCCCCUGAGACUAAUCCAAACGUGUUAAAUGCCACUAAAGGUGUUUCUGAUUCUGUCGUUGGUGCCCCUGAACAAGGCACGCGUCAGUUAUCAGGAAGACCUGGAGGUGGUAGUCAGGCCUCUGAGAAGAAUGCGCAGGGUGAGGUGGCCACGGCCGCACCACCCCCCGUUGAGAAUGCCGCGCAUUCAGCAGCCGAACCUGCCGAUUCAGGCACAGUCACCACCCCUGGACACGCGUCUUGGGAUGGUUCAGUUGUUAGAGCUAAUGUUGAUCUUGAUUUUGUCACCUCUUCUGGAGGCUAUCGGAUGGCCAUGCCAUCCCCUUAUCCUGAGGGAGAGGAGCCUACUGAGGAGGAAUUGAAGGCCAGAGAGCUAAGCAACCGUGAUUUUCUUCUUAAUGAAAUCACGGAUGGCCAGUUUAGCAGCAAGGAAGCUUUUGAAAGGAAGAAGAAGAUUCAGAACAUGUACAAAAACUCUUCUGAUGAGAAGAUUUUUUGGAACAGUUUGAAUAAUCUUCCAUCCAGUGAAUUCUCGCACAAGAUGUACUUGGUCAAUGAGUUUCUUGUUCCUGAGACAACCAUGGAACAGAUCAUGAGGGCUGAAGCUACCAAGGCAAGGACUGAAACUGUCGAGGAGCUUGAGCCAAAGGCGGCAAGAUGUGCUGAAAUCAUGAUCCAGAUGGCCUAUCUUGCUGACAACAAUUUGGUUGGAACGGAGGAGGAUCAGUGUGAAGACUUGGUUCCAAUCUGGGAAGCCGCUAGGGAAGACUUUGUCAAAUCGGUUGCUUAUCUCGCCUUGAGUAAGGUGAGAGUGAUUGGGAAUGUUGCACACUUCCCUGGUGUCAAUAGUCCUAUCUGGUUUGAGGAGUUUUACUGUAACUCGCCAAUUUUCGGAAGGUUGAUGGCCAACACCACGAUUCCUGCUAUCAUCAGGAAGUUACACGAAAUUGUGGCCGAUGCACAGUUUCGUGUUCAGGACACUGGUGCGGUCUUCUCGUUGGAGCAAGCCUUGGACUCUCACGGUUCGUAUGCUCAGCUCAAGGUGGUUUACCACAACAUGCUCUUCGCUAAGGAGUAUUUCCGGUCGCACUUUUUGUUGCAGUGUGACAGGAUUAGGCACUGGGAGGAGCACAAGUCAGCAGAGGACGCUUACAAGUUCGCCACGGCCAUCGUUGAUCUUGGUCUGGACAAAUUGCCAACAAAGAGAGCUACCUUCAAUGCAUACCAAGACAACUUAGGCCAAAACCUUAGAACUGGCACCAUGAAGUAUACCGAAGCCCGAGUUCGGGCCAAUGGUAACGCUAAUGACGACCCAGUGAUUGCUAACUUGAUUAAGAUGCACGAAAAGGAAAAGGGCAGAUAUACACUGAAGAUUAAACUGAUUCCUGAAAACGCCAAACAACAGAGUUUUCCUACUGAAUGUACCAUGGAGGUGUACAUUGAGUUCUCUGAGGCUCACUGCCCAGUUUGUCGUACCAAGGAACACACCAUUGGCCAGUGCACUAAGAAGAAAUGCUAUUUGUGCAAGCAUUCUUCUCACCUGAUUGAAGCCUGUCCAAGCAAGUGUGACUGUGACCUCUCUGUUCAUCACCUUAGAGGUAAUUGCCCCUCCAAACAGAAUGCUAAUCCAGCCAAGUCGCCACAGAAGAAGCAAAAGAGUGACAAGUAUGAGGUGGAUGCUGACGGUUUUAUGAAACCCAAGGCUUCUAAGCCAAAACCUAAGCAAACCACCGUCACCGUGGUCAAGCCAAAACCUGCUCAGCCGGUUCACAGGAACCCUAUUAGUAUUCUUGGUGAGGAAUCGUUGGAAUCAGUCCAUCGUCCUGAUCCACCAGUUUCGACUGGUACCAGAAAGGACGACCCUCCAACUACGGUCGAACCCACCCCAUCUUAUGAGGCUCACUCAGAAGAUGAAGAUGGGGAUGACGCCAUGGACCAAUCGGUGGAAAUGGUCCUGGACUCCUCGCCAAGUGCUCCACCUUCUCCUACCUUGCCAGAACCAACUCCUUCCACCUUGCCAUCUGUCGCCGAAAGGGAAAGCACCGUCGCUACAGUCCCUGAUGCCACCCAGACCACUCAGGACACUAUGUCCACUAUGCCAGGACUCCUGGGCAUUCUCGGAGCCGCUGCUCCAAUUUCGGAGUCAUCUCAAGACUCCAUGUCUACAAGGGGUUCCUUGUCCGGGUUGACCUUCCCAACCCACCCCAACACCACAUUGGCUAAAGAGAAAGCCGAAGUGGUCCCCAUUGUAUCCGAAGAGGAAGACCCAUUUGCUUCGGAAACCAACCCUCAGCCAACCUCACAAGAAAACGAGGACGUGGCUGCCCCAGAAGUUCUUGACCAAGACAUGGAUACGGACGUGGAUGAACAGGGAGAAGAGGCUGUCUCUAUCCCUGCGACACCGACCCCCAACGCGUCGAGGUCUACAAGAACAUCAACUAGGAGAAGCUCUACAAGAAAACAAGCUACUCCUUCUCGGCGCAAACCGGCACCUAAACUCGGCCCCUUGAGGGACGAUGUGGCUCUCUCGCCAGAGAGGGGGACCAUCGCUUCCCGGACGAGAUCUAGGUCGCCAUCCCCAACUCGCCAAGCUCGCCCCUCAAUUGCUAGGGAUCCAACCGAAGUGCUGGAUGCCGUGAGGAUCACCGAUCUUAUUGACGAGUUAACCACGGAGCACGCAGCAGAGAAGCAGCAGGGUGUUUCCACCACCAAUUUCAAGUUUGGCUCUUUCAAUAUCCAGAAAACAAAUAAUUUAGUUACAGUGGCACAUCUAGCCGCAGAUUUUGACAUUCUAUUCAUUCAAGAGUUCAAGGCUACCGACAGCAACGUGGCAGCCAUGAAAGAUUACGCAAGGGCUAGGGGCUUAGACUUCUUUUCCACACCCGCAAGGGCCCAACGAUUCAAUACCACUGGGAUUUUUGUCAAGCAAAGACACUUCCAAGUCUUAGGGGAGUAUGAACUCGGCAGUAACUCUGUGUUUCAUCACAGAUCUACCGACAUACGGAUUGAAACGUCAAUGGGGGAACAGAUAUUACUCCAGAAUUUCUAUCUUCCGACUCAAGACAAGAACAAGCAAGCAGAUAUUAUUGAUGAUACGACGAUUGGGUUUAUCCGCCUCAGGGAGGCAUACCCAACUUUACAGUUAAUUUAUGGUGGUGAUCUAAACCAUUCGGUGGAAGACUCAACGCCAGCGGAGGUACGCGCUAGGUUGGCUAUCAAAGAUUUGGACAACACCUGCAACACAGAAGAUUUAGCAGUUUGGGACAGGCAGGGCGUUCACAUGCUGAAGGCCGGUCAUAUUGAUCAAUCUACAAAGCUCUUCUUCCAGCACAAGCGCACAGAUCCAAUUGUUAUUCAAAAACUUUCGAAUUCGGAGAAACAGAGAGAAGCAGAAGAUACGUUAGGGAUGAUUCUUAUAGCGACCGACUAUUACAGGGAACUUUAUCAAUCACCCCCAACAGUGGAACCAGAACAAAUGCAAAGGUUUUUGAGUCCAGUGGGAGACAAUCUCUCAGACUCACAAAGGGCCGCCCUUAACAGACGAUUUACUCAGGAUGAACUUCUCCAAGCCCUUCGGAAAAUGGAGAAGUCUUCAGCACCAGGACCCGAUGGUAUCCAGAACUCAGUGUUAGAACACUUCUGGGAGGAUGUCGGCCCCAUUCUCACACGCGAGGCUAAUAACAUGAUGAGGACAGGAAAGUUACCACAGAGUUUUAAGAAGGUUUUGAUUACGCUCAUUCCUAAACGUGAUCAAAAUCAGUCUACGGAAAUUGCAAACCUUAGACCUAUCUCACUCACCAAUACGACGCUUAAGGUGGUGUCGAGUGCAGCCUGCAAUAGGCUACAGAAAGUGCUUGACAAAUUGAUAGGUCCUUACCAAAGAGGUUUCAUUAAAGGUCGCCAUAUCAACCAUAAUACCAUGGAGUUCUUCACCAUGGUCCAGCUUAUCCAGGACAAUAGAGAGAAGACCAAAGCUUCGUAUUAUCAGGCUAUUUUGAUGGCUGAUUUUACUAAAGCGUUUGACCGCAUCUCUCAUCAGUAUAUCCAAGCCGUUCUUGAAAAAAUGCACAUUGGGACCAAAAUGUGCCGAUUACUUAUGCUGUUGCUUAAGGGCCAGUUUGCUCAGAUUAGAAUGAACAAUUGCGGAGGGCCUCAUUUCCCACUUGAUUGUGGAACGAGGCAAGGGAAUCCACUCUCUCCCUUACUCUUCAACAUCGCGUUGGAGCCGUUAUUGUUGCAUUUAAAGCUACUAGAAGGAAUUGAGCUAAGCUAUGGUGAUAUCAAACUUGGGCGAAUGCAAUACCAUGCAUUUGCAGAUGACGUCAACAUCUACUUAGCCAACUUGAGAGACUAUGCACAUGCCGCCAAGUGCAUUAAACGUUUUGAAAGAGCCAGUAAUAGUAAGGUUAGUGCAUCGAAAUCCAAACUCAUAGGAUUUAGGCGUGACUAUCCCGAGCAAGAACAAGAUAUUUUGCCCUACCCACAGAGUUAUAUCAAGCGGGAAGAGCUAAAAUAUUUGGGGAUUAGCAUGAAAGGGGUGAACUGGCGGCAUUUCAUCUACUACCUUCCAUUUAUGACCUACAAGCAAGGAUACAGAGGAUUGGAUAUCAUCAGUAAGACUAUCGGGACCAACAUGUUCGUGAGUUCCAAGACCAUAUACAAGGACUUGGUCCAGUGUAUGACAGAGAAGGAACUUCGAAAUAUUGACGAUGCUAUUCAAAGAAUGUUUAAAGGGGUCCUGGCACCAAAAUUAUAUGCUAGACCAAAGAAAGGCGGUUAUGGCCUCAUUGAAUUGAGUUCACAGUUACAAGGACAUCGUGCCAAGGUGUUAGCUAGAACACUUGGUGACGAUCAGCUGUGGUUCAUCAAAUACUUGAGGGCGAAGAUGCUUCACCACGUUGUGAAGAUUUUCCAUAACAACCGACGUGCCAAAAUAAGACAAAGCCAUGGGCUUUAUUGGGAAGAAUUUCUCUUUGAAGCCAAUGGACGUUAUUUCGAGAACUUGGAGUGGACAUUUACUGAGAACGAAAUUCAGUAUAUCGAAGCUUGGAAAAAAUUAGUUAAAGGAACUCGAACCACUCACCCGGCCACAAUAGCCUCGAGGGUUCGAGUGGAGGAUGUGGAGCUGAUCUUGGGGAUUCCGGGCCACCCAAGACCACAUGAAUCUCAGCAGCUCAAUACUGGGAUAUUCACCUCCAGAAGCCGAAAGAAACAAGAAGAGAAACCACCAAUUAUGCCAGGAAGAUUCAGAGAAAUUUGCCCAGAGGCCCGACCUAUCAAGAGAUGGGACAAAUUCUGGAAAAGUUUACACCGCGAGGAAUGGCUCAAGAGAAACGAGUUUGGGGCCUUUCAUCAUUUCAACUUUGGAUCUUAUGUUCCUAUCCAUGACAAACCUGCUCAUGGCAUGACGCUAUGCCAUUUAUGCCAACAACAGCACAGACAGGACAAUAUGCUCCUACAAGCCUCCGUGAACAGAAGAGAGAAAGUGCUACUUAAGGUUUCGAUCCCCAAGACGAGUCUACCAAAAGACUACCACGAUGCUCCACAGAAAUACUCAGUUAGAGACCUCUUGAAGGAAACAGAUGAACCGCCAAAAGUGGAGCCAGUUGCUAUCAUCAAUAAAAACUAUAGCUUUAGGGCAAUGGCUGAUUUUCAGAUGUCAACUAAGAAUAAUAAGAUGGCCCAGGACUUUAAUAAAAGCGUGUUGAAACUGAACCAGUUUGACGAUUAUAAGAGAUUUCAUGACCAGAGGCUCACUAAAACAGAGGAAUACAAAGAUCCAGAGAUUUUUGAAAACAAAGACCAUCAACUUAUACCUCCACCUCACUUUAGUGGUAUAAGGUUUCCAUUUGAUUUCCGUUACCAGAAGAGUCCGUACACGGUGACUCUUGAGGACGAGCAGGGAAACAAAAAGGUUGUGAUGAAGCUAGAUUCAAAGAAAUUGUUCACAAAUACGGUUGACUUCUAUAGUGACUCAGUUCCACAAGAGCCACUUCCUGAGAUCAUCAAAAAGUAUGAGUGGUUAGUGACAUCAGACUUGUCUCAAGAAUAUGCAGAGAGGAAACUUCUAGAUUGUGUACACCAUCUUCGAAGACUUUUUGAGCUUAAGCCCAUUUGGCUUAGAAAGCUGCUUGUUGAUGUCACGCCUGAUCCUUUGAAGGCAGCAGUAAAAGAAGCUCUUCCUUACGUUUCUUACUGUUAUAAAAACGGACCUUGGAGGUUUUGUAAUGUGAGGCUAGGAGUAAACCCCAAGGAUGAUAAAUCCCAUUGGAUGUACCAGAGUGGAUACUUUAGACUUCAGGGUCUUCGUGCCAAAGUUCAUCAGACCGAGGAUACCACACGAGUCGUGCCUAAUACCGUCAAGAUCCAUCAUCCUAAUUCUGAGGUGACUGUUUCUGAAAGUUUAUUAUUCACCGGUACUAAGCUACCCCGAGCCAUCAACUACCAAAUUGGCGACAUCACGGAUGACGAUAUAGUCGCGGUGAUCAAGAGAGCAGAACAACAGGGUGAAUUAUUAAGAGAUACUUUGGACUCCCAAGAGGGAUGGAUAAAGAAGCAAACGUUUGAAACAAUUCGCCGAAUUGUCAGAUACAAAUUGCGUCGUUUGUACAAGGAGGAGCCCAUAGAAAGAGGGAAAAUCCACGACAUAAUCGAGGCUGAUUACACGGAAAAGGAUGUUGAUGGUGAAGAUAAUGACGAGGAUAUCGAGGAUGAAGAAAAUGAUGAUGAUAUUGGCGAUGAGGGAGAAGGUGAUAAUGCUCAAGGCAAGGACGGCGAAGAGGACGAUGACAUGGACGAAGAUAUCAUUGAUCCCGCUUCUGUUACUGAAGAAGCAGUUCUUAAUAGAAUCAAGCAGGCAGAUGGAAGAGCCUGUGAGAAACUUAAAUCACUUAGCGGGUUCAUCAAACAAGAAGCGACUUUAUCCACAGCAAUGACAAAAGCCACAGAAACAGCACUUGCCUUCUUUGCCGUUGGUGCUAUCUACUUCGCCUUGGUCACCGGCACCAUUCCAUCUAGCGAGUUGGUCCAAAACGAGAUCUUGCCAUAUUUGCCAUGGUGGGCCUUGGUCACCUUUGGCAGUUACGCCUUGUCCACGCUAGGCUGGGGUGUUCUUACCUUCAAGGACAAGGAGGAGAGCUACAAGGAGUUGUUACAGCAGAUUGAUGAGGCAAAGACCUUUUACAAGCAGAAGGGUCUUGACUUGGAUGAAUAG